AUGAGUUUUGCAGCGAAGGACCUCAGCAAAGUGUUGAAGCAUCCCACUUCCUUCUCGUGUCAGACGCGGGACGAAGAGCUGGUGAAGUGGCCAGCCUGGGCUUGGGAGUUUGAACAGUAUUUGGGUACCCUAGACAAGUCGUUCCAGGUUGACUUCAAGCGUCUGAAGGACAAUGCCAAAACUGUUGUUGACUUUUCGGUUUUAACAGAAGCUGAGAAGGACAGGUCGCGCAUCAUGUAUGGCCUGUUAGCCUCGCUGCUCAACGAUCGCUUGAAGCGGCUGCUGAAGACGGUGAGCGACAACAACGGCUACGAGGCUUAUCGCCUCAUCUCUUUGGAACUUCGCCCGUCUAGCCGGACCCGAGCUCUAGCGCUCAUGCAGACCAUUCAUAACUGGCCUGUUUUCGACAGCAAGCAAGGACUCCUAGCCCAGGUUGUUAGACUUGAACAGGCGAUGGCCGAGUACGACUCGAUUGCAUCGCAAGCCAUGUCAGAUGACCAGAGAGUCGUGUCGCUUUUGCGGUGUUUGACGGGGCAACUCCGUCAACACGUGAAUCUCACCAUGGAAGAUUCUUGGAGCUAUGCUGAGCUUCGCAGCCUGGUUGCCCGUUACGACGCCUCUUCGUCGAAAUGGGGAGCGUCAGUUGCAGCGGCUUACGGCUUGACAGAAGGCAAAGGAGGUGUGCUGAUCAACGCGGCCCCGGCUUCAUCCGACUUCAUCCGAAGCUGUUCCUAUGGAGAUCGACAGGUUGAGGAAGCCACUGAUGGAGGUGCGUCAGCAUCCACCGAUGCUGUCAGACGUGUCGCAUACAACCUGGAUGACUAUGAUGCAGCAUCCUCCGGUGAGAUUCGUGUGGUGUCACAGUGUGAUGUUUGUGAGCAGUGCAACUCUGGUGAUGAAGGUGAUGAGGACUUUGCAGUCGAGGUGGUGUGUUUCCCACAAUGCAUCGCCGAGUGUGCCGACGCUUCUUGCCUACCACAAAGCCUUAGCACGGCAGGAGUUUGCUCUGGAAGCCCUGUGGAGUUCUUCCAGGAUGCACAAGGGAAUCCCUUGAUGGUUCAUGGAACUAGACGAGCCGAGCUCAACUUCGGCAAUCAGCCUUCCUUCACCGAGACCUUUUUGGUUGCCCCUCACAUCACCACACCGCUACUUGCUGUGGGUAAGCUGUAUAGAGCAGGUUUCAGUUUGCAAAAUGAGAAUGGCAACAUGAGUCUUCGCAGCCCGAGUGGGGAUAUCAACAUCCCUCUGUAUCUGAAGCAAAACAGCCUUGCAGCGAAGCUCUAUGUGCGUGUCAUCCGUCAGGACCCUGCCACCGUGAGGGCCUUGACUUGCACCGUCGGAACCUUGUCACUGCCUGAUUACUUUGUGCAGAUCAGUGCAGAUGUAUUUGGCAUGCAGGGAUACGGUAACCGCUUUGUUGAUAUUACGAUGGCUUUGCCUCAAGAAGGUUGCAGCUUCAGGACAACAAUUGUCAAAGCACCAGACUCAGAUGAAUGGGAAAUUCUUGAGUGGUGUGAGAGCAUCGUUAAUGUUGAUGAGCUGAGUGCCUUGCUGCCUGGUGGUGGAAGCCGCGAGAUGAUUGUGUUUGCGACCCGCAGGGUUGUGCCUCCUGAGGAGCUUGGUGUAAUGAUUGGUGAUGGUGGAGGUGAGCCUCCCAGUCCUGGCUCGCUUCCUACCCCUCCGGCUGAAGAUGCUGACAUGUUGGAGUCAGAGCAGCAACAACAUGGUGCAGCACCGCCAGAUCAGCAAGCUGAGCUAGAGGUUGAUGGAGCCCUGCAUGAUGAGACACCUGUUGAUGAUGAUGGAAGCCUUGUGGUCGAUGGAACGACCCUCAGUAUCCACCCUUGCAGUCCUCAGACAGGCAGCUCAGUCACUAGGCAAGACAGCAUUUGGCAGAUUCCGAGGAACGUGUUCCAGUCGAGCAGCGCCCCGCGGGCUAGCUCCGUCUUCUGCUUCGAUUUCUCGUAUACCAGCAGAAGCGACAAGGAUGAGAAGUUGUGCUGUUUGGUUGCCCAUGAUUCAGAGACUAAGUGGGUGCAAGCGUGGCCGGUCCAGAGCAAGGGUGGCACAGCGUCACGGAACUUUAUGGCCGUUGAGGUAACAAAGCUCCUGUCCUACUUAGGUCAUCGACGGGUCACCUUGCGAGCCGACCCUGAGCCUUCUUGCACUGCCCUAGCCAAUGCCAUCCAAGCCCUCAGGCAUCGGAUUGGCAUGGAAACGCACAUUGAACAAACUUCUGUAGGAGAGCAUCAGAGCAACCACGCAGAGGGCGCUAUUGAGCGCAUCCGUCAGCUUGUUGGCACGAUCCUCGCUGAACUGGAGGACAAACUGCAAGUCAAGAUCAAGACCUUUGAUCCCCUUCACCAUUGGUGCUGGCGCCAUGCAGGCUGGAUCCUGCAGCGCUUUGGCGUGACUCAGAACUUGACACCUUGGGAGAGAGUUCAUGCAGCGCCCUAUGGGGGAAAACUAGUUCGCUUUGCAGAGUGUGUCCUAGCCCGCGUGAAGACAGCAACCAAGGGCAAACCACG